AUGCACUAUGCAAUGAGAACCAUCAACGACCCUGACUCUGCGGUUUCCGGAGCAAGGAUUGAAUAUGAGAGGGAACCGUGUAUCGCGGUAACUAGAGGAAUGAUAGUCGAGAUAUACAAUCUGGACCUGAGGCCUGUGGAUGUGAUAUAUCCCAAUGGAUAUGUAACACUUAUUGUGCCAGUGGUAUUUAGGAGUUCAAAAAGAUUUCUGUUGGUUUCCAAUAGGGGAGAUUAUGCCAUUAUGGGUAGAGACAAGCCAGUUGUGUGCGGAAGGAUGCCAGCUCCUCUAUCCUAUAUCAAAUGCAUCCGAACUUCGAAGAAUUUUAUAUUUAUUGCGGAAAAUGAUACAGUUACUGUUGCAAGUAUGGGCCACGAAGGACUUGUUUUUGGAGAUGAUGUAAAUGACUUUGGAUACUAUAAGAUUCUUGACGGAUUUUCCAAUAAGGGUGAUGUCGGGUUUUUGCUAGAAGACAUUUCUGGAGACGUCUUUUAUUCGAGAUAUCAAAUGGCGCCUUCCAAACCUAAAAUGAUUCUAAAAGAAAAGAUGCUCCUUAGAAAGGGGCUUGUAUCUGCAAGGGCCAUAGGGGAUGGGUUGCUCCUUAUAGGCGAAGGGAAGUUAUAUUACUAUGUGAGAGGCAAGUUUGUACUUGAGAGCGAAUUUGCAAAUCCCGGGAUCAAGAACACUCUGGCGGCAGACGGAAGUAUUUUGCUCUCAAUGGAGGACGGAGAGAUUAUACGCAUAUCCCUGGAAGGAAAUAUUCCAACUAGUAACAAAACCUGUGAAAAUGAAAUUGCAUCUUACAAAGGUUUAUCUCUAAAAACCGAGGUUUUGGGAAACCUUGGGUCCUGGUUUAGUGUUCUGCUUCAUCUUGAAGACAAGCUGUACUAUGGAGGAUCACCUUGUGGAAAUUCUUACCAUCUCGAAAUAGGAAAAGAGUUAAGGGUUCUGAAAACAUUUGAAGGUGGUGCCUGUCCAAUGUCUCUAUCGUACCUUGGGACUUCAUUUAGAUAUAUUUCAAGAAAUUCGAUUAAGAAGAUCACAUAUUCAGUUGAUCUUUCGGUAGAACCAAGAUAUAAUCUUUCUGGAGUUAUCCGAAGAUUCGGGAUAGCAGAUGGAGUCUUGAUUGUGUCACAUCCAAACCAAGGGAAAGUAUUAAGAGAAGGUAUGAGUGAAGAACAGGACUUUGGAGAAAUCCUUAACAUACAUAUAGAUGGCUACUGCUAUUUCAAUACAAAAAACCACAUGUAUCGUCUGAAAGGAAGGGAUAUUUCAAGUUUGGAGAUAAAGGACAUAGUACUCUCUUCCUACCAUCAAGGCUUAUGUAUUGUGUUUACUGGAGACAGGAAUCUUAAGGCAAUAUGCCUUGAGACAAUGGAAUGCAUUGAGUGUGUAGAAUGCCCUUACGAAGUUAGCCUUCUCUAUCUCCAUAGCUACCUGUUUAUAUCAACAUACUACGACGAGUUUAUUAUUAUGAACAAACACCUCCAAGUGGUUCAUAGAAGAAAACAUGAAAUCUUGAAAUCGGUAUGCAUUGCAGGCGGGAGACUCUUUUUUGGAGACAUGCAUGGGGUGGGAUAUGAAGUUACUUUUGGGCAAGAGCCCGAAACAAGUUCCAGAAGCAUCUUAUCAAUAUUAAAAGAGACAGAAGAAGAGAACAAAUGGGAGCUUCUAUUUCUUAAGCCUUCAUUCUUUUCUGAUACAAUGAUUGAAACCAUGAUUCCCGUUGGAAGGCACAUAAUGGGAAUUGGGGUAUCCAGCAUAUUUAUAGACCUCCAGGACUUUUCGUGCUAUAAAUGCUCCCUAGAAGGCAUAUCUUAUGCCUUAGUUGCCGAUCAUCUGUAUGUUUCUGUAGGGAAGUCCAUUUACAGAUGCCAUCUUGGAUCCAUUCCCAAAAUUAAGAUUUCUAUUGAAGAUAAGCUACAAGAAACGGAUCCGAGGAAUGGAUAUGUGCUGAAGUUCUCUGCCAUGAAUGAUGAAAAGGAAGUUACAGGGCUCGUAAGCCCAAUCCUCAACAUCGACAAUGAUCCGAUAAUCAAUUCCUAUCUCUCUUUGAAAGUGAAAAGGCAUGUACACAAUCUCUUCCUCCAAGAUGAGAUAGUAAUGGAUGGAAGGUUUCUGUCAAGACAUUACUUUGUUGUUGUAAGUAACCUUUCGAGAGAGGGCAGCUUUUCAAGGCUUGCUAUGUUUUCUACAAGAGGGAAUUGUAUCAAGCUUGUCUACGAAAGCACAGGGGAGGGUGUUGUGCAUGCAUUGGAUUCCGACGGGGAUUACUUGGCAACACAUAGAAACCACAAUGUAUAUGUAUACAAAAGACAAGCACGAAUCCUUGUAGAGCUGUGUGUAAUGAAAAUAGGUUUUAUACCGUAUAGAAUAGCAAUGCAUGGAAGCAAGAUUGCCUGUUCAUGUAUCUACAGAUCUUUUGGGGUCUUUACAUUUAACGAGGAAACCAACCAUCUAUCCCUAGAUUUCCUUUCAAAUGGUAAAGAACAGAUAGAAUCCAUGGUUUUCGCCCUAGAAAGUCUUAUUCUUACAACCACAGAUGGGAAGGUUCUGAUGUUGGACAGAAAUUAUAAUAUGGAGACGCUUUCUAUUGGAGACAGAAUAACAAGCAUGUGUCCAGGGUCUCUGUCAUUACCCCGGUCUGACUCUGUCUAUUUCACAACAAGAAACGGAGGGAUUGGAAUAUUAGGGAGCCUUACUCUGGGUAACGAGGAACUUGGGCUCCUUACGGAACUGGAAAGACAUGCUGGUAGACUGGCACCAUUUUUCCAGGAAAAGACAACCAGAAUCAUAAACGUCGAUGUGAUAAACAACAUGAACAGCGCAGAUUUGGAAGACUUUAUUGAAGCUGGAAAAUAUGAUAGAAACAAAAUAAUUAUGGCGUUGGAUAGGCUCAAUACCUUUUAUUAA